GAGAGCACGAGUGGUAAUUUUGACUGAAAAGUGGUCGUCGGCUCCUACGGUGAAGACGUAUUACUGAGCUUCUGCUAGAAGUCCUUUGAACUUCAAAUUUUUUUCGAAGUAAUUAUGGAUGAUAUUAAGAAAAAGAAAAAAAGAAAAAAUGUGAAGAUAUGUAACUCAAAGUUUCUAAAACGCUUCGUGAAUCAUUUAAAUUGUGAAAAUUUCAAGCACACAGCAUAUUGGAUUGAAACAGAUGUAUGUGAAAUUAGAUACGUUCACAUGAAAAGUAACUUCUUUGAGCGUAAAGUCUUGGAUCUUUUUAAGGACAUGGAUCGAUUAUUUGGUGAAAAAUAUCCAACAAAUACUCCUAGUUAUGAUAAAGAAUGCAAAGUGCGUUUUAAAUCAAAUAUGCAAAAAUGUUGCGAACGUAAUUGGUUAGAGUAUCUUGGUGAAGAUAAGUCACUUAAAUCUGUUACAAAGAAGAAAUACAGAUUUAAAAAGUAUCCCAGUGGUACUGCAUGUAAAUUUGGAGAGCCAAGACUGCUUGGUUCCAGUAAUGAUGAAGACUUUUUGCUGUCAGAAGACUCUAAAGUGCAACUCUUGCCUCAAGUGAUUACAUCAAAUCAAACUUUAACAUCAGUGACCAGUUCAACAAAUUCAUUAAUGCCUCUUGCUCCAAAUGCAUUGUCAUUGCAACUUGAGGUGGCGACAUCAGAUCAAAAUUUAAUACCUGUGACCAUUCCUGUAGAAGUAUUAAGGAUGUUGCUUGUGAAUAUCUUAUGCAGUGUAGCAAAUGAUCAAGUAAAAGUUUUGGAAUCUUCUUCAGGUGAUCAAGCAGAAUUUAUGGACUGUACUUCAAAUGGUCGACAUGAAUUUUUGGAACCUGUUUCAGUUGAUGAAGCAAACAGUUUGCGACAUAUAUCAGACUGUGAAACAGGAUUUUUGGAAUGCACUUCAGAUGAAAAAAUGGGUUCUACGCUAGGUAAUAAUAUAUCAAGGGAUCAAACAGCAGUACCUGAUUCUUUAUAUUAUCAAGUAGGAUUGAAAUUACCAAAAUACAGUGAGCAUUCUGUAUGGAUGGGUUGCCUUACAGACUCGGAAGAGAGUUAUGAUUUAAGUAAUAUAGGAUCCUUUUUAAGUACUCCAAAGAAAGAAGAAACUGAUGAAGAUCUAGAGAUAGAGAAGGAAGGUGAAACUGAUGAUAUGAAACAAAAUGAUCCUUUCAUUUCAAGUGCAUGGGAGGAUAAUAUAUCUGAUAGCAUCCUGUCUGCUUCAGAGGUGGAUUUUACUUGGUCACUGGAGGACAAACCUUUUAUGUGAAAAUACUGUCUCAAGAAAUGUUUUAAGUGGUAGUACUGGAAAGCAGUGGAAAUUUUUACUUUUCAGUUUUAGUGAUUUUUUUUUAAAGUUAUAAUUUUAGAAAUACAUAGAUAAGAUUAUAAGAUUAUUUUAUAUAGAUUUAUAGAGGUAUGGUAGAAAUGUAUUGUUGAUACCUAAAGAUUUUAUGUAGAGAUUUUUUAAAUAUUGCUUAUUAAGUUCAUUAAAAAUUUUAAUGUGCUCUGUUUCCUGUCUCGUUAAUUGUUAGUGGUAAACAACUUUUCCAUAUUGCUGAUAAUUAACUGAACCAUUCAUUUGAAAGCUCUAUAAUUUGGUUUUUAUUGAAAACAGAACAAAAAAAAUAUUUUAAAAAUUUUCUUCGUGUAGAAGGUAUACAUACAUAUGUGAGUAAUGAUUAUUCUUAGAAUGGCACCUCAUUCUUGGUUAUGUUUGCUAUUCAUUAAUUUUAUAUAAUCAACCAUUUAUGUUAUUUUCAUGUUAUUUAAAAUAUCGAUUAAGCUCCUGAUGUACUUGAAAUAUAACGUCAUCUGUAGCAUGCUAAUUCUAGUUUAGGAUGUUACUUGUGUGAAGGUUGUGGAUUUUUACUAAGUAACCUUAAAUCUUUAUUUAAUUAAAUAUUUGUAUAUUUAUUAAUUUUUUCAUUCUGAAAUACAAAUUUUAUUUCCUGUGUUUAAGGUGACUUGUUUGAGAGGAAUGUGCAUUUUAAUAAUAUUUGUUAAGGUCUGUAGUUUUUAGUUUGCUAAAAUUAAAGCCUGUUAGUGACUAAAACUAUUGAGCACUGGUAAUUUGUUCCAUUUGCAGUUGAGAACUGCAGGAUAAGCUGGUUUCAUGAAUGUUUUUGUGGUCAACUGCAAGGUAAAUAUCAGCCCUUUUAUCUUAUGCGAGAGAUAGUUUUUGGACAGAUAAGUCAAGAGUGCUUAGGAGUAAAUAAUGUUUUGUUAGUAAUUUAAAAAAAAAAAAAGACUUUCAUUAUGUAAAAUACUUAAAUUGAAAAAAUUUAAAUGUCUCAUACGUUUUUAUAUUUUAUAUGUGGAAAAUUAAAAUAAAUCAAGGAAACUUGUGUUGAAGUAAGUUUUGAUUUGACCAUUUGUAGGCCUACUUUCAAAAGCUUUUCAUUGUAAGUUUAAAAGUUGCAAUCAUGUCAGAGAUACCUUUUAAUAAAAUAGAAAUGUUAGAGAACCUAUAUGAUUUAAGGUAAAAAAUUCAUCAUAAAAGUUUUCAUUACAAACCUGUUUGAGACAUCAAAAUGUCAGAUGAAGAGCUUGACACAUUUUACCUUUCUGGGAAAAACAUUAUGCUAUUAUCAACACAGUACUUUUGUCUAAAUGUAAUAUGAAUAGUGACCUGAGAGAACAUGCUAGGACUACUUUGAGCGAGUAAAAUCUGUUGUAAUUAAGAAUUUUGAAAGAUUACAAUCAACUGAUCAUAGUGAAGCUUUGCAUGCCCAGUUUGAAAGCCUCAGAUAUGAAACCUUUUUAAGCUGAUAUGGUAUUGCCAUCUAGGGAAGAAAAUAUAAACUUUCAAAUGAUUGUAAUUUUUUUCUUUCAGCAGCUGCUGAAUUGGAAAAUAUUUCAUCUCUUGAUUUAAAAAAAUCUUGAAUGAAAAUAUUAAUCCUGCGGAAAAGAAAUUGGCUAUUAAAAAUAUAAGGGGAUUUCUAAUAAUUAGAAUUUUUAUACAGUGUUAUUCCUGUACUUAAUUGUGGUAAGCAAAAGCAUGAAGUCAAAAAGAAACCUUAGCUAAUUUCUUCUGUUUCAUUAAGGGCAGAAAACUUCUGCUCUUAUUAAAAAUAUGUCAAAUUAAAUUUAUGAUAGAUCUGUGUUAACUGUUCUCUGUGAUCAAAAUCCUGAUGUGUUUGGUGAUACUGAAGGUAUUAACGACAUAAAAUUAUGUUUUGCUCUUAAAAAAUUCCAGACCUUGGAACAUGUUGUUGUCGAAAUGAAAUCCAAGCUGUACUGCAAAUGUCUGUCUUUGGAUAUUUGCAUUUUGAAUGGCUGGCUUGUAGGGGAUUUUAUUAUAAUAAACAGAUCAUUUAAAUGCCUUCGUUGCAACUACAGAGGAGUUUCCUGUGAAAACUCUUCUGUAGUUGCAAUGAAGUAAUUGCUUACUUACUGCAAUUGCUUACUUCAGGUGUGCCAAAGAACAUAAAAAUGAGCACUUCUAAAAUCAGGAAAGCUAAGCUUGUAUUAACUGCAUCUAUUUUAAUAGCAAAAUCAGGAAUGCUACCCAGAAGGUUGAUGCCAGGCAUAAGCCUUUUUCAGAAAAUUGUCGUUCUGAGAAUUUAAUGAAGAAUAGAAUUAUUUUUCAAAUUAAUUAUGACUAAUUCCUCAUUUUCUGUUUGUAAAAUUAUUCAGCUUAAAUUCUGACAUUGAUAUCGCUUUAUUCAGGAGCCUUACUCACAUAAACACUCUCUUCCCAACUUGUCUGCCUCGUAUACGGUAUAUUUCGAUGCUAAUCGUGAUAUCAUUGAAGCUACUGCUAUCGAAUAGAAUCACAAGUUCUCUACUCUACUUGACAUUUAUAAUCGUGAUUAUAAUCUGUUUUUUUCUUCAUGUUACUCUCCAUACUUGCAAUUUUAUUUUUUUCUCAUAUUAUUUUGAACUUGACAGAAAUACUGAUUUAGAUUUGCAUAAAAUUAAUGGAGCAUUUACAUUAAAAACAGUAGUAGAUUGAUUUGGGCUAUGGAUGCCAAUAGUAAAUCUAAAACUUUGCAUAGUCCAAUUCCGGAUUUCUGAGGUGUUAAGCUUUGUGAAUUUUUAAGUAUGAAUAAUUUUUUUAUUAUCAUUAAAGACUGUGGUUGUACUUUUUUGUCAUAUGCAAGGUUCAAGGAAUAUUGAUAUUACUGUGUGGGAGCUGACCUUCUUGGAGAUAUUUUGUCUAGGUGUCAGUAGCCAGAUUAUGAAUCCCUCUCUGAUCACACUAUGAUUGAGUUUUAUCCACUCACAGUUUCUAAUUACUCUAUGACAGAGAGAACAGCAAGAUAGUCUUCAACAUACAGAAAGCUAACUGGGAUGUUUUUUAUUAUUCAUGUAAGCAAUCUUUUAAUAAGCUCUCAGAGUUUAUUGAUUGCUGUAAAGAUAAGCAUGUCUUAGACAGUAUCCUAGAAAUCUAUAAUGCAUCAAGGUUUCCAUACCUGUCAAAAAGUUAAGAGUUCACAAGGCACUUUGACGAACUAUUGAAAUUGAAUGCAUGAGAAAACAGGUUAAUGCUGCUAGACGUAGGUUUCUACGAAAUCAUAAUCCUACUUUUGGAGACCUGUAUAAGCUAAAAUAUCUACACUAAGAAAUACAGUGACAGUUCAAAGCUCUAGGAUGUAUAGUUUAACUGGGAAAAGAUUUUCUAAUGAAAAUUCUUGAAAGGAAUGUUUGAAAGAAAAUUUAUAUGAAUGUUAUAAAGGAAAAUUUUAUGAAAAGGAAGCCCUACCAAAAGGCUCCAGCUCUCAGGGAGCCCCAAAUUGUUCUGUAAACCAUCAUAACUUUUUUUCUUUCAUAGAAAGGGGGAAAAAAAAGGAAAUUGAAUAUUAGGGGUAGGAAAAGGAAUAUAAAGUCAAAGGACAUAUUAUAAUCCUUUCAAAGAACAGGGUGCCUUAAGUCCCUUGAUCAUCUUAUUUGGGCUGUUUCCCACCUUUUUUUUUUUUUUUUUUUUUUUUUUUAUUGUUAAUGCAAUGCACACAAAGGGUAUUAAGGGAAAAGAUGUCUUUGUGGAGGACUCUAACUGCUUAAUGGGAGAAAACAAAGUGCUACAUGGCUCGUAUUCAUGUUACUCGUGGGGAAAAUUACAAAACCUCCCAUGCAGCUGACCUCUUAACGAGUAUUCAAACCCAGCACAAACUACCAGUGUUCAUCCACUUUACCACUUACCUGCUUGCGGGCAUUAUUGGGUCUUGAUUGGACCUUAAUGUUAUACAAAUGGUAUUUUGAGAAAUUUUCGAUCUUACUUGAAUGUGAGUUGUGUAUAUUUGUGUAGUGAUAACCUGAAGUUUAUAAUCCUCUGGAAUGAAUGAGUAUGUGUUUUCUUAAUCUAUAAUAUUUUCUUAUAUUUAUUUUUUUCUGUGUGUAAUAUGGAUGCAAUUUUUAUUAAUAUUUAUGAUGCUAGAUAAAACGUCAAAGAUAAAAAGUCAUCUCUUGCUUCAUAACAAUCUUCUGGCACUUAUGGGGUCAAUUAAAUGCAUGCUCUAAACUCAUAGGUGGCUGUGAAAUCAAUUUCAAGUUUAAUACUAUUUUUCCCACUAAUAUUCAUAUCUUUUAUAAUAUCAUUACUAACUAUUUUUAAAAAAAUAUUGUUAUAUUUGAAUUUUUAAUAUAUUUUGCUAAAGUAUCAGUUAAAUGUAACUGAUUCAUGUUUUCAUAUUUUGCCUCACUGUUUCGAUCUUCUGUAAAUUUUUCUGUUCAAUAAAUAUCUUGGACUUAGAA